AUGGAGGAGCAGCCGAAGGAGGGCGAGGCCGAGGCCGAGGUCGCGGAGCACUGGUUCUCUAAGUGGGAGCGCCAGUGCCUGGCUGAGGUGGAGCAGGAAGAGGACCUGCCCCCGGAUCUGCAGGAGGAGGCGGCCCCCGAGACGGCGGGGCUCAAGAGCGAGCAGCAGAAGCUGUGGCACCUCUUCCAGACCUCAGCCACCGCCGUGGCCCAGCUCUACAAGGAUGCGGGGUGCCAACAGCCAGGACUCUCCAUGUGGGACCCCUUCCAGAAUGCAGCCAUGGCCGUGACCAGCCUCUACAAAGAGAGUGGGCAUGCCCACCAACGAAGUUUUGACCUGGGCAUCCAGGUGGGCCACCAGCGUCGCAUCAAAGAUGUGCUGGAAUGGGUGAAGAAGGGCCGGAGCAUCAUCCUCCGCGAAGAUCUGAUCAGUUUCCUGUGUGGCAAGGUGCCUCCCGCGCCCCCGCCACCGCCUCGCACCCCGAGGAUGCCCGCGAAGCCGGCCUCCGAGGCCCCCAGCCAGGCCGCCGCCACCGAAUCGGGCUCGUCGGUGGACGUCGACCUGCAGCCGUUCCACGAGGCCAUCGCCCUUCAUGGCCUCAGCGGCGCCAUGGCCAGCAUUAGCGUGCAAUCCGGUGCGCCCGGCUCCCCGCCUCAAGCCAGCGAGGUCACCGGCGGUGGCUGCCGAAGAAGUAGCUUCCUCGAGGAUGACUUGAGCCCGAUCGACUGUGAAGAACUGGCCCUCUGCCUGGACAGUGGGGGGUCCCGCAAGCGCACCUCGGCCGAGUGUGGUGAUGGCGACACGGACUCCCCAACCCACAAGCGCAACCGAAUGGCCUAA